AUGUUUGCAAACAAAACAAGCAACACGGGGCCCUCAUUUGGAGGAGGAUUCAGCUUUGGGUCAUCUAAUCAGCUGCAGGCGCCUCAGCAACAACAACCACAGGUAUCGAUUGGGUCUACUACUCAGACAAGCAUCAACCCGCCCACCGCGCCGUCGCUUAGCACAACGGACGUCGACAUAACCGCAUCGCUCAAUAAUCGAAACAGCAGCGAGCUCUUGAAAGAAUUGCUCGAGUCAGCAAGCAAUUUGCCCAAGGAUUGCAUUUCCCAAGUCAACCUCGGCUCCAUUCACCUUACUUUGGAUGAGCUCGAACGCAAGUCGGAACAGCUCCGGAAACAAGAGUCCAAAAACGCCAACUUCACCAAAGCUCAUUACUUGUUGGCCAGAGGCGGGUUAGCCACGGGCGACAUUGAAGACGACUUGAGCAGGAUACAAUUACCGCAAAACACUGCUGGCAUCUCGCACUUGCAACAUCCUCACAAUAAUAGUCUCCAUUAUGCUCCGCGCGACGACAAUAUCGAGCAAUACCUCAAGGCUAAGAAGGAGGAAAACAUCCUCAACACGAUCGAGCAGUCGUUUGCCUUGGCGUCUAAGGAUUUCGAUAAUUUCAUCAAUGCCAACAUCUCCAUUGACUGGAACAAGAGAAGAGAAGAGUUGAAAAAGGCGGUGGGCUUGAAAGAUGAUGCCAAGUUUCAAGAAGAAGCCAUGAAAUGCUCCAUCGUUUGGAAAUCAAUGUCGGCCGCGGGCAACAUUUUAACACCAUUAAACACUAAAGCCAGCCCCUCGGUGCGCCAAACUUUACGAAGCAAGUUUGAAGAUUACGCUAGAGUUGUUUAUUCAUUGAACGAGGCAAGGUUGAGAUCGAGACCUUUCCCGUUGUGUGGCAACUUUUACGAAUUGAACCGCGUGCAAGACGAUUCGAGAUCAAAGCAGGUUUGUGAAGCAUGGCGGAUUUUGAGGAUUUUAAUCGAUGAAGAAAGUGCCACUUCGAGCCAGGAGCAAAAAUUCUUCAAUUACCCCAAGAGCAAAUUGAAUGAUGAUAUACUGAAGAGCAGUAAAAAGUAUUUGGAACGCGAGUUUUACAAAUAUGUCGAGCAUUUGUAUGCAAAAAGCGCCAACAAGCCCCAGAAUUUCCUUCCGGCAACAAACAUCAACAAGAUCUCCUUCUUUAUCCACCUGGUUAUCCUCAAGAACGACCCCGAGUUGGCCAGCAAGACAUUGUUGGUUAACGGAACCCCCAUUUGGGCCUUGAUCUACUACUUGAUGCGUGCCGGUUUGUAUCAAGACACCGCCGAGAUUGUUUUCCGCAACCGAGAGUUGUUCAACAAAUUCGACAAGAAUUUCCCCGUUUACAUUAAAAAAUUUGUCGAUGACGACGACGAUAGUCGCAGCCAAACGUUGCCCACCGAGCUCAGCAACAGGAUCCACCAGGAGUUUAACCAGCAGUUUCAAUACGUGAUGAAUGAUUUGAACCUGGGCAUCAGCUUUGACCCGUACAAAUACUCCGUGUACAAGAUUGUCGGCAAAUGCGACCUACACAAUAAAUCGGUGCCGCAAGCUGUCAACUUGAGCAUCGAAGAUUGGUUAUGGUUCCACUUGGUCACAAUCAAUGAAACCCAUCCCAACGACGAAUCUUCCGCCGUCAUCUAUAGCAAUUACGGCUUGAGCAAUUUGCAAAACAAGGUUGUUCAGCUAGGCGCCAAACACUUUUUAUCGGCGUCCAAAAAUCCAUUGUAUUUGAAAACAUUGAUCUUGACCGGGUUGUACGAAUUGGCUGUCCAAUACACGUAUGAGAAUCUCAACGACACCGACGCCGUGCAUUUGGCCAUUGGGCUUGCUUAUUUUGGCCUUGUCAAAUGUUCUUAUUUCAACAAGGACGAAGUGUUGACUAUUCGCGAUAAUGAGUAUGAAAUCAACUACAGUCGCAUCUUGGGGGCUUACACCACCACGUUUAAAAUCAGCGACCCUAAAGUUGCUUGCGAGUACUUGAUUUUGAUUGCAUUGGCACGCGGGGGUGAUUCAAAGGAGGCAUUGGCCGUUUGCCACGAUGCGUUGAGAGAGUUGCUUCUCAUCACGAGGGAGUUUGGCAUCCUUAUCGGAGAGACGAAUCCAAACACGGGGUUAUAUGAGCGCGGCGUGUUGGAGAAACAGAGGAAAUUGAUCCAAUUGGAAGACAUUAGGCAAUUCCAUAGCCAAAUCGUCGAGGCUACUGCCAUCAAGUGUGAAGAAGAAGGGCGGAUAUUCGAUGCGCUUGCACUUUACCAAUUGGCGUGCGAUUACGAGACAACCAUCGUGUUGGUCAAUAAACUCGUUGCCGAGUUGAUCGCCACCAGCGACUUGAACAAACCUAUUAUAUAUUUUGGCAAUUGCGACUUUAUGGCCAGUGGAAUCGCUGCUGAUAAUGGUGUCAUUGAAGAAACACCUGAAAAUAACCUCAUCUUGCUUGCGGAAAAGAUCUGGAACCAGUUCUCCAAAAGCAGCAAGGUCUUGAGCAGCAUCACCGCCAAGGUGAGAAACACCUGCGAGACCCUCUUGUCGAUUAUCAAAAUACGAGACUUGUUUGUCACAAGACACUGGCAGGAUGUGAUUACCCAGGUGGACAAAUUAGGGUUGUUACCUGCAAACUCCAAAGACGACUUGACUCGAGUGCGAAGCUACAGCGAGCAAGUUGAGAAUGGAAGCUUGGAUGCCAAUUUGAUCAAAGUGUUGCCCUCGUUGCUCAUCAUGGUGAUGACGUGCGUCUCCAAUAUCAACUACGACAUUUUGACGCGCAGGUACCAGCCUCUAGGUAACGAGCGGGGCGAGUUGGAGCAUUGGAAAAAGAUUGCCAAGAAUUGCAUGAUCUACGCCGGUAUGGUCCAGUAUAAGAUGCCGCGUGAAGUGUUUAGCUUGUUGAUCAACUUGGAGUCGCUGUUGUAG